AUGAAGACAGAAGGUGCGAUGCUGCAUCCACUGGCAUCGGGAGAUGGCCCUGAGCCUGAGCUGAUGUGUAUCUUUGGGACUGGGGACUUAGGACGCUCUCUGGGCCUGUGUCUGCUCCAAUCCGGCUACAGGGUGGUGUAUGGCAGCCGCAGACCUCACAGCUGUGGCCCCUUGCCUGAGGGAGCUCAGGUGAUGACCCAUGAAGAAUCAGCCCGGUCUGCCAAGAUGAUCUUCGUUUGUGUUCACAGAGAACACUAUGAAUUUCUGGAGAAGAUGGCACCUCAACUUGAAAGAAAGGUGCUGGUGGACCUCAGUAACAACUUGAAGAAAGACAUGUACAUGGAAGCAAAUGCCGUCUACUUGCAGAGGCUGGUCCCUAAAGCAGCCGUUGUUAAAGGCCUUAACACCCUGUCCACCUGGGCCCUGCAGAAUGGACUUCUAGCAGGAAGACAGGUGUACCUGUGUGGGAACAAUGGAGAAGCAAAACGGGAUGUGGCAGAGAUGGCCACCAAACUAGGCCUCACUGUUGUGGACAAAGGGUCCCUGUCAGCUGCUAAAGAGGUGGAGGACUUUCCUCUGCAGCUGUUCCCAGAGUGGAGGAUGCCUUUGUACGUGGCUUUCGGCCUCUCUGCCUUCUUUUUCUUGUAUUUGGUCAUUAGAGAUAUCAUCUAUGCAUAUGUGGAAAAUGAUGAAGAUAUCUCCUACCGCAUAAUGAUAUCUCUGGCCAACAAGAUCACUCCAGUUGUGUCCCUCAUUAUGCUGUCGCUCUGCUACCUCCCUGGAGCUAUAGCUGGGUUCCUUCAGCUCUACAGAGGGACCAAGUACAGGCGUUUCCCCAAUUGGCUAGAUCGCUGGAUGCUGUGCAGGAAACAGUUGGGUCUUCUUGCACUAGGCUUUGCAUUGCUCCAUGCUAUCUACACAUUAAUCAUUCCUGCCCGCUACUCUGACAGACAAAGAGUCAUCUCCAAUGUGUUGAAUGAGGUGAAGAAAAAUACUACCACUCCACUUUACUUUGACAAUACCAGCGCAUGGCGCACUGACUCAUUAUAUGCACUGGGAAUCCUGGGCUUCUUUCUUUUUGUCCUGCUGGGGUUAACAUCCUUGCCCUCUGUUGGAGGCACUCUCAGCUGGAGAGAGUUCAGCUUUGUUCAGUCGACGCUGGGCUACCUGACUCUUUUUCUCUCCACUGCACAUUGCUACAUUUAUGCCUGGGAUAAAUUCCUUCGCAAAUCUACGUAUAAAUGGUACACUCCUCCGGACUCCAUGCUCUGUCUAAUUGUUCCUUCGGUAACACUGGUGCUCAAGCUGGUCCUCGUCCUCCCCUGCGUGAACCGUCCGCUCAUGCGCAUUCGCCAAGGCUGGGAACGCAACCGGUUAAAGGAUGAGAUGGGUGAACUCAAAGCCACUAACAUGUGA